AUGAACAGCAACAGUCAAUAUCCAACACAGCCUACCUACCCUGUGCAAUCUCCUGGGAAUCCAGUAUCUCCUAAGUUCUUACAUCUUCCUCAGGCUCCACCCUAUACUGACGCUCUGCCUGCAUACCAGAGUUCUUUUGUGGCUGUUGAGCCUUUAGGCUCCACAAUUCACAUGGCUUAUUAUCCAGUUGGUCCCGUCUAUCCACCUCGCUCAGCAGUGCUGGUGGCAGGAGGGUAUGAUGCAGGUGCCAGAUUUGGAGCUGGCGCCCCCGAUGGCAGCAUUCCUCCUCCACCUCCUGGAUGCCCUCUGAACACUGCCCAGCUUGCAAUUAUGCAGAGAGCCAAAGUCCUUGUAACUCAGCGCAAGGGAAACUUCUUCACGGAUGUCUCAGAUGGUGGUUACUUCAUUUGGUGA